UUAUUUAUUUAUUUGAUGUAUAUUAAUUGCUCUACUUGGGACAUGAAUCAGGAUGGCAUACUUCUUCAAUAAGUCAUAAUCAAUGAAGGCCACAUUUAAAAAAAACAUACACAAUCCAAAACAGCAACAUACAAACAUAAGUGCUGAGAAAAAAACUCAUCCAGUGGAUCAGGACCCUCUUCCAGACCUAAUGCCUGUGAAAAGAACAGGUAUUCUGAAAGGGAGGGGGGGUGGGGCCAUCCGGAUCUCGGAGGAGGCUGUUCCAGAAGCAGCAGUGAAGGCACGCUUCCUGGGCCCCUCCAGCUGACAUUAGUUGAGUGACAGGAUGCGAUGCAGACCAAGCAUGUCUUGCAGGACCAAAGCAACGUCCCUUCUCUGUAGCUGAGCCAACCCUGAGAAUGAUCCCUGAGCCAACCCCCCCAGUUCCCUGGAGGUUCUAUUGGGCUUUUGUAAAUGUGGCUCUUUCAGCAGGCCCUGGGAAGGUGUAAUGAUCUGCUCCCUGAAGGUGUUGACUGUUGGGAAUAAGUCUGCUUUUGUUACCCUUCUCUGAUAUGUGACAUGCAUUCUGGUUUUUAGGUCUAGCAUUUUAUUGCUUUUUAUUUGCUGGGUUUUGUUUUUUUUUACUUCAAUAAGGCUCUACUGUUUGGAGAAACAGUCAUAUUUCUGUGGGCUAUGCCCACUCUAUCAUAUCCUCCUGAUUUGCCCUUUUUUCUAAUCUAAAUGGGCUUGAAUGCUGCAACCUUUUUUUACAGGUGUGUUGCUGUGCCUCUGGUUGUUGGGUGACUUUUUUUGCACCACUCCUAAAUCCAGAAUUUCCUUUUUGAGAUACAAUCAGAACUUUGGUGGUAUUCAUGGAAUAGUUGCAUCAUUGCUUUGUACAGAGACAUUACAUUAGAAGUUUCAUUUUUACUCCAUUUGUCAGGGCUUUCUGUCCUAAAUUUGCUGUUUUUAUAGCAGCCACAUUCCACCUUUUCAGUGAAAGGAGAAUCCCCAGCAUCCGUAAUUGUUGCUAGCUCAGUCCCAUUUGCGUAUCAGUGAAGUCAGGGCUAUUUUGUUCCUUCGCUGAGCUUGCUCCCUCGGACCCCAUUUCCUCAGGCUUCUGAGCAGCUCUCUGCCAUCUGCCGAGGUCUUGUCCUGAAUCCUGAGACUCCUUGGCAGAGGGACAGAACUGCCAGAUGUCAGGCAACCUCACUGAUUUGUGUUGAGAUGCUGCCCUGCACUGUUGCUCCAAUCCUAUUCUCCCCUUACACGGCUCUACCCUCAGAAAAGGAACGAGAGAAGGCCAAAGACAAGUAUGUCCGGAGCCUCUGGAAGCUCUACUCGCUGCACAACCACUACGUCCUGGCCCUGAAAGCGGCCGAGGUCCAGCACACCCUCCACUAUCAGCAGAUCCUGCCUGGCGUCCUCCAGUCCCUGCACGGCCUUCUGCAAGAGAUGGCUCAGAUCACAAAGGCAACCCUGCAAGAAUACGCCAGCAUCACGAGCCUGGUGCAGGAGGAGAUGGUGGCUGUGCACCAAGCAAUGGGCAGGGCCAUUGAGCGCAUCCAGCCUGCCACCGACUAUGAAGAGUUCCUCCCGCCGUGCAGGUGCGAGCAAGAGAUGCCAGCCAUGGUGACCUUUGAUAAGAGUCUGCUAGAGGAGACCGAGACCGAAGGCCUGCAAGAGGGACAGCUCCAGCUGAAUGAACUCACCCUGGAAAGCCUGCAACAUACACUUACCUCCCUGGAGGAGGAACUGGUCAGUGCCACAGAGAGCACUGAUGGCCAUCGCCAGCGCGUCCAGAUUCUGGAAGCUGAAAUCCAGAAUGAGGAGAUGGCUGGAAGUCCAGGAAAACGCAUCCUCCUCCUGGGAAGGCAGAAGUCCCUGCAUGAAGCUUACUACCUUCUCCAGCUUGCUCUGGGCACUCAAGAAAAACUGAAGGCCCAAAGGGAUUUGCUGCAACGUAAGCUGGAUGAGCUAGGGUCCCUUGACCCUCCACCUGCCCCAGAUCUGCAGGGUGACAGGCAGUCACUGUCUUCUGGGGAGCAGGAGCCAGAGCGAGAUUGGGGUCGAACAGCACCAGCUUUGGAGGCCCUGAAGCAUCACAUCUCAGGCAUUUUUCGUCCACGCAUCUCUCUGCCACCCCCUCUGCCUCUGCUCCCUGAGGUGCAGAAGCCCCUUGGGCAGCAGACCUGGUACCAUGGUGCCAUUCCCCGCAUGGAGGUGCAGAAGCUGCUGCAGACCAAUGGUGACUUCUUGGUGCGUGAGAGCCAAGGCAAGCAGGAGUAUGUCCUCUCGGUGCUGUGGGAUGGGCAGCCCCGGCACUUCAUCCUGCAGGCUGCUGAUAAUCUGUACCGCUUGGAGGGCGAGGCUUUCCCUACCAUUCCGCUGCUGGUGGACCAUUUCCUGAAGUCCAGGCAGCCCCUCACGAAGAAAAGUGGCAUUGUGCUGGUCAAGCCCAUCCCCAAGGACAAGUGGGUGUUGGACCAUGAGGAUAUCCUGCUUGGGGAGCGCAUCGGGCAGGGCAAUUUUGGAGAAGUCUUCAGUGGAUUCUUGCGCUGCAGUAACACUCCAGUUGCAGUGAAAUCCUGCCGUGAAACACUUCCAAAUGAGCUCAAGGCCAGGUUUCUGCAGGAGGCUGGGAUCCUGAAGCAAUACAGUCACCCCAAUAUUGUCCGGCUCAUUGGAGUCUGUACCCAGAAGCAGCCAAUUUACAUUGUCAUGGAACUAGUAAAGGGGGGUGACUUCCUGACCUUCCUGCGUAAUGAGAGGGCUCAGCUCAGAGCCAAGGAGCUUCUGAAGAUGGUGGAGAACGCUGCGGCAGGGAUGGAGUAUUUGGCCAGCAAGCGCUGCAUCCACCGAGAUCUGGCAGCACGAAACUGUCUGGUGACAGAAAAUAAAACUCUGAAGAUCAGCGACUUUGGGAUGUCACGGGAACAAGUGGAUGGCAUUUACUCCUCCACCAGUGGAAUGAAACAGAUCCCUGUGAAGUGGACAGCUCCAGAGGCGCUCACUUACGGUCGGUAUUCCUCAGAAAGUGAUGUCUGGAGCUUUGGGAUCCUGCUCUGGGAAGCUUUCAGUCUGGGUGCCACACCAUAUGCCAAUAUGAGCAACCAGCAGACCCGUGAAGCUGUGGAGAAGGGUACCCGUCUAAGUCCUCCAGACCAAUGUCCCGAGGAAAUGUACCAGCUCAUGUUAAAAUGCUGGGAAUAUGAACCACAGAAACGACCAGACUUCAGUACUAUACUCCAAGACCUGAUUGUGAUUCAGAAGAAGCAAUGGUGAGAAUGCUGACUUCAGGAUGUCUGAUUCUCAAGUCCAAUGCUGUGUUGAAGUUCCAGACCAUGGGUAUUUCUUCACUCCUGGCAUAUCCUUCUAGUCACACAGACCAACUCCCAAUCAGGUCACCUGCCAAGCGCUCGGCUGUGGUGGCCAGAAGAGACCCAAAGCUUGGUCUUUAAUGUCAUCUGUAUUUUCUCUGAAGUUGAAAAUAAUAAUUAUAAUGUUCAGAUUAUAUCCUCAAAAAAUGCAUGCCUGAUUAAAAGCAGAACCUAAUCUUCAUCUCAAAUAAGACAGACAAAAUAUGAAGCUACAGAAGAAGGAAUUUAAGGAGCAAAAGGACUAGUAUUUUAUAAACACUUAACUGUGAUGGGGUGGAGGUAGGUUUAAAUGUUUUCAUUUGAAACUAAACUGUUAAAUUUCAUAAUGGUUAUAAAAGCACCACCGGAAACAAAGCGAGGCAUACUUCUAGCCUCAUCCAAAGCAUACCACAAAAUCCAUCAUUUACAACCCUAAUACCACAGCAUCUGUUCAGAUCCACAUGACAGACACACACAACCAAGGAUUUGAAGGAGGCAUUUCUCAAGCCACAGCAUUCACCCAGUGAAACAGAUCAACCAAGCCACAAUGGUUCCCAAGAAUUCUCUAUAGCAAGGCAGAUCUAGAAAGCAGCACCAGCACUUUAUAGCUCCCAGCCAAAGCCCUCAAAGCAGGAGGAAUCAUGAUCAGUGAUCUAUGGCCCAUGCCUUGGGCGAUAGGCACGAUUUUGCUUCCUGAAAUUGCUAUGGCCAGUAACAACAGGCUGCACCAGAGUGAUCCAGAUACAGGGAUCAAAUCCUGCAGCAGAACCAGAUGCUAGUCCUGCCCUCACAUCUAGGAACAUCACCACAACAUUGGGGGAUGUACACUUGCUUGUUCUCCAUUGUGGUCAUGCCAUCAUUUCUCUCCCCUGGAUAAAUGGCAAUUUGGCCCAGAACAAAUAAGCACCAAUAGCAAAAUCCAAAAGCCAGGGAAGGAACAAUUUCAACUCUUCCAGAUGCUCUGGGCUGAUCUCAAGGUGACAAUCAGUGAAAAAAGGAAUUCCAGCUAUCAGUUUCAUCUUGAAAAAGCUCAAAUGGAAAUCAUCAGUAGGUCCUAUAUAAUUGAAUUAAGAGAUUAAACAAAUCAAGACUCUUAUUCAGUUCAGAGGUUCCGUGUUGCAACUUAUUUGUUUGUGGGGAUUUCUCUCUCCCAUUUCUUUCCCUUCUUUCUUAUCUCUCUCCCCCCUGCCGCCCCCAGAGCAGUAUAACAAUAAAUUUUUCACAUUCUGUAUGAAUCUCAUGGUGGUGGGAUAUUCAAUCAAUAAAAGCUAAUGCAAUCAUAAAUGCAUGCCUUCCUCUUUUUUCUCUCCCAUCUUUUUGGCUAUUUAAUACGCCAGUUCACGUGGGACGGUAUAGAUGGCAAAUGUUUUGGUCAUUAUUAAGCCAAUUUUAGGGCAUAAUGCAGUUCCAUUAAUUUUCCACCACUGUUCACAAGUCAACAAUUCAUCCCCUUCCCACAUCGGGUAUGCUUUGGCUGACAGGAAAGCAGGGUCCCACAGAGCCUCCCUUAAAACCUCCCUGGAGCGGAAAGGUUACAGGGGUGUCAGCCACGGAACCCAUCUACGCCCUGGGAUAUC